AUGGAGGAGGCCUGUGACCAGAUGGAGCCCAGCGCAACUGUGCAGCCCUCGCCCUCCACCGACGACAUCAUCCAGGACUUGGAGGACCGACUGUGGGAGAAGGAGCAGGAGGUGAUCCACAUGCGGCGUAACCUGGACCAGAGCGAGGCGGCCAUCGCUCAGGUGUUCGAGGAGAAGCAGCGUGUGUGGGAGCGGGAGAUGGACGACCUACGGCAGAACUACGCCGGCCGGCUCCAGCAGGUCACGCACCGGGCUCAGCGCACACAGCAGGCCCUGCAGACACACAUCGCACGCCUGCAGCAGGACAAGAGCCGCCUGCAGGAGGAGAUCAGCGCACUGCUGGCCCAGAGAGAAGAGCUGGAGCUUAAGUGUCUGGACUACCGCAAGGAGCAGGCCGACAUACUGCCCCGGCUGGAGGAGACCAAGUGGGAGCUGUGCCAGAAAGCGGGUGAGAUCUCUUUACUGAAGCAGCAGCUCCGCGAGAGCCAGAAUGAGGUGACGCAGCGGGCCGGAGAGACGGUGGCUCUCAGGGGUCAAAUGAAGGAUCUGAACGCCCAGCUAAAGGAGCGCGAGGACACCAUGAUCGGCCUAAAGGACUCGUACAACAGCAAGAGCCGAGAGCUGGAGAGAUGCGAAGGAGAGCUGAAAAGAACGCUGGCGGAGGUGUCGAUGCUACGUGAUAAGCUGGUGGUGUUCGAGUCUGAGGUUGUGGGUCUGAAACGGGCUCUGAAUGAGCUGAGCUGCAGAAGUGAUCACACGGCGGUUCUGAGCUCUAUCAGCGGCUGCAGCAGUUUACCAUGGGCAGGACUACACUCGCCCAGAACCCCUGAACCCUUAUCCGCGCUCGGCUCAACCGUGGAAACCUUCCUCAGCCUGCAGAGUGAUGAAGCCAAAGCGCAGCGGCAGGAGGCGGGAGAGCUGCGGCGUCAGCUGGAGCGGCUGCAGGGAGAGCUUCACCUGGAGAAGCAGCAGAGAGAGAGGCAGGCGAUCACCUUUGCGCAGGAGAGACACACCUGGCAGGAUGAGAAGGAGCGCGUGCUGAAAUAUCAGGCGCAGCUGCAGCUCAGUUAUGUAGAGACGCUGCAGAGAAACCAGGCGCUGGAAGAACGCGUCGGACAGCUUGGAGCCAAAAUGGCACCCGGAUCACCGCCACCCAUCAGCCUUUCCAUCCCCGUCCCAGUGACCGUCACUUUGUCGCAAGAUGAGCUGAAACCGCCCGUCCUGCAUCAGCUGGCGCCUCCGUGGCCGGGCCCGUCCCGCUUGGAGAGGAUCGAGUCCACUGAGAUUUAGACUUUGUUAAAGACAAUCGACGUCUGUUCAGCAGAGACGCUUCUGUUUCUGAAGACCUGAAGAGGAAAGAGAAAUACACACUGAGUUUUUUCAUCCGGUUUCUAGUCCAAAUAUCGAAGUAUACUGAAAUCAAGAAGCAGUUUCUGGACAAGUAAAAAAAUAUAGUCUUGUUUUCAGAAAUAAAACUAAAUAAAUUGUGAGAUAAUGUUGUUUUCAGUUUUAAUUUAGUUUAUUUUACUUACUCCAUAAUUCAUUUGCUGUAAGGACAAACUCGCCUAAUUUUGACUCAUUAUUUCUGAAAACAAAACAAUAUUUAUUGCUUGUCUUGAAAAUGCUUCUUGAUUUAAGAAUAUUUAGAUAUUUGCACUAGAAACCAGACAAAAACUCUUAAGUAUGAAAAGCUUUUUUAACAGUGCAGUUUCUGAAAGAAAUGCACAUUUGCUUUGACGUCACACUAUAAAAAUAUCCGUAAAUUAGCAAUUUUCAGUAUUUUGUGAUCCAUGUUUUUAUUUUUCCUUGUUUAUUUCUGCUUUUUAAUUGCAUUAUGGGAUCUCGAUCAUUCUUCCAACAACUUUUAACCUUGAAAAGGAACUUUCAUUGCCAUUUGUAAUAGUCUGCACUGCUAUAUUGUCUGGGUUGCUGUUGUAUAUUACGCUACAGAAACCUUAUAAUAAACUGCAGCACAUAUUAUACAGACUUAUUUCUCUUGAUAUUAUUUCUUAUAUUAUUUUAAACCACUAAAAUGUCAAUAAAAGUCACUUUGUUAAACUGUAGAGUUGAAUUAUCAACAUCAGAAGUGGACAGAGCAGAGAUCAACAUCCCAUAAUGCAAUUCACCACCGCAGAUGAACACAAAAUACUAAAACUGUUGAUUAACAGAUAUUGUUUACAGUGCAGUGUUAAAGGUCAGUGACCUUUUGACCUCAGUGUUAUGAUUGAAAAAUCCCAUAAGCUGCAUUUAUUUAAUCAGAAAUACAGUGAAUGCUGAUUUGUUUGGUGAAUAGGGAUACAAAUAAUAAAUUUACUGUCACAUUUAUCAACAUAAUAUGUCUUUACUAAAUACAGAUACUGUAUUAAAAUGUAAUGUUUAAAUAAAAAAAUGAAGCAGCUUUUUUAACAUUGAUAAUCAGACAUGUAAUAUUUCACAGUUUUCACUGUAUUCUGAUCAAGCACAUGCAGCCUUAAACAUUAAACAAAUAAUACUGUAUUUGAAGAAAUAAUAUGGGAUGUUGUGUGAUGUUUCAGGGAUGGCCUGCAGUGUCUAUGCAGGACCACCAGGGGUCACCAGACGCAAACAGAGGGCUCCUAUCUGCGGAUAGAAAUACUUGAAAACAAAAAAAGAGAGAAGUUGUUUUUGUCUCGGUUCAUUUAUUUUGGCAAAACAGACUGAAGCGAACUUUGUUCCCGGAUGGUUCUGGACUGAGAGUUGCUGCUAUGUUCUGAUCACGUGACGUCGCAGUGUAUUGUAGGUAGACAGACAGGCUGUGUGAAUAUGAUGGUUAUUUAUGUGAAAUUGUUAUUUCCAGUAUACCAACAUAUUGCGUGUGAAUAUUUUGAAAAGAUGAACAAAUUAUUUGACCGUUCUGAUUAUUGUCAAUUAAUAAAGCCGAUAUUUCAGCUUUGUUUUUGUUAUUUUACUGUAACAUGACAGAGUUGAAGGCUAAAUUAUUCAGCUGUGAAAUUUCCAAAUAUUUCCCAGGUGAUGUUUAACAGAGCAAGGAACAUUGCACAGUAUUUCCCUUUAUAUUUUUAACAUCUUUUUGUUUUAGUUUGGUUGAAAUAAAAGCAAUUUUUAUGGAGUCAAUCUUGGGCCAUAUAUACUUGCAAGAUAAAAGAAAGUUUUGCAAACAAAAAAUAAAGUAUUGAGCAAAAAUAAAUAAAUGCAAAUCUCCAAAAAUCACAAAGCAAACAUUAAUUUGAGAAGAAAAAAAAAAGUUUUGCUAACAAAAAUAAAAAACUACAAAGGGAAAAUUAAGUUGAGAAAUAAAAAUUAAAUUUACAAACAAAUAAAAAUCAAGCAGUGCAAAAAAAAAAAAAGAAACUAAAUCAUUUGCAUAUAUUCAAUUGUGAGUUUGCGAGUGUCGUUUUCACUUUGCACUUCACAUUUCUGUGCGUUUCACUUUGUGGCCCUGAUUUGACAAGGGGGCGGAGUCAAGAGGACUUGUGCAUUCAUGUCAGGCUGUGAACUGCAAAGUAUAAACAACAUCUCAAACUCACGGAGAAGCAAAUCAAAAUGAGAAUUGCGAUUGACUGGACGGGUUUUGUAAAGGCAAUGCAUAUAUAGUUUUUCUUUAAUUGCAAAUAUUUUAGGUUUUUUGCACAGCUUUUUGCUGUCAUCAUAGCAAAGACAAAAGUAUUUAGAAAUUAAUAAUUAAAACCUUUAUGUUUAGAAACAAAAUAAUCUUUUCUACGCUAAAAACAGCACUUGGGAAAUAUUUGAAAACCAUUGUAGGAAAAUGUUUGCCUUCAACUCUAUGUACUACUUUUCACCUAUGAAAUGGUUCAAAUGCAUCGAGUUUCCGAACCAUAUUUCCUUUUGAUGUAGUUCUGAUGUAAUUAUUUGAUUUGAUGAUGUAAUUUAUUGAUUUAGAGAUCAAAUGCUAUGUUUUUAUACUUCUAUUGUUUGUAUUUAUGUUACUGUAAUGACUUGCGUAAAAGCAUAUCCAAUCAAAGACUCAUUAAAUGAUAAAGACACCAAUCAACAUGCAUCAUCUUUAAAUAGAUAUAUAUUUGUUUUUUGGAGAAAAACCCAUUUACUGGCAGAUAAACAAAUGAUACACUGUAAACAAUAUCUGUUAAUGAACUGUAUUUAGUGAUCCACAUGUGCUUUCAGUUUAUUUGCAGUUGUGAAUUGC